UGUUUGCUCAUGUGAGUCUAUAAAUUCCUGACAACACACACAAUGCUCAGCACUUCCUCACUCUCUCUCUCGGCUGGAAGGUGCGGAGCUCUGGACUACAGGACCAUGCUGACGGUUGUAGUCAUUCUGCUGGCAUUGCUGGAGAGCCAGGUACUAGCAUUUCAUGGAUUACCAGAAGGACAGAAAUACCAGGUGGUGGUUCCUGAAAAAGUCCAUUCCCAGCACAAGCGAGACACGCGGAGCAAUUACCCGGACCUGGUCCAGUACAAGCUGCAUGUGGAAGGACAGCCAUUAGUUCUACAUCUGGAGAAGACAGAGAAUCUAAUAAGUAAGGAUUUCACAGUGACCCUCUAUGAUGCCGAUGGGACUCGGGUAACGACUAAACCACAGAAUCAGGACCAUUGCUGCUACCAGGGUCAUGUGAAGGAAGAUGACGACUCCUCAGUCAGCAUUUGUACGUGUGAGGGGCUCAGUGGUCUUAUCCAUACUAGGAACCGCAGAUUUAUGAUUGAGCCACUGAAUCGGACAGACGAUGGAGAACAUGCCGUGUUUGAGCCCAAUGAGGAGACUCCAAAAACCUGCGGAGUGACUAAUACUACCUGGAAAGAUGGAAAAACUUCCAAAUCCUCGCGAUCUGGCAAUUCAGAGAAACAGAACUUUCUAAAAUCUCAGAAAUAUAUCCACCUAUACGUGGUGGCCGAUGCAACCAUGUUUAAGAAAUAUCGCAGCGUAGAAAGUGUUAAACAGAGGAUAUUUGAGAUUGUUAAUUAUGUGAAUGAGGUGUACAAAGCCUUAACCACCUUUGUGGCGCUGAGCGGUCUGGAAGUCUGGGAGAAGAAAAACUUGUUUGAGGUGUCCACGUCGGCCAGUAUAAACCUCGAUCGCUUCAGCAACUGGAGGAAAAACGACCUUCUGCCAAGAAAACCUCAUGACAAUGCCCAGUUCAUAACGGACAUUGACUUUGAUGGCCCCACAGUUGGGCUAGCAUUUGUGGGCACCAUGUGUAGUGACGCCCACUCUUCUGGGGUAAUUCAGGAUCACAGUAAGCAGUCCAUUGCAGUUGGAGCUACCAUUGCUCAUGAGAUGGGACACAAUCUAGGAAUGAAUCAUGACACCAGCUUAUGUUCCUGCUCUGCAGAUUCCUGUGUCAUGGCACCAAGUCUGAGCUCAAAAACACCAUUUUUCUUCAGUUCAUGCAGCCUCGGCAACUUUCAGGAGUUCAUCUAUGACCGAAUGCCACAGUGCAUGAAAGAUGUUCCAUUAAAGCAAUAUGUUAUGUCCCCGUCAGUAUGUGGAAAUAAAUUCACCGAGCUAGGAGAAGACUGCGACUGCGGCACCGAGACGGAAUGCACCAAUAUUUGCUGUGAUGCCGCCACAUGUAAGUUCAAGGUCGAUGUCGAGUGUGCAGAUGGGGAGUGCUGUGCUCAGUGUAAGAUUAAAAAAGCGGGUUCUGUGUGUAGACCCGCUAAAGACGACUGUGAUCUGGCCGAUAUGUGUGAUGGAAAAACUCCAGAAUGUCUCAGUGACCGCUUCAUAUACAAUGGCCACCCAUGUAAUGAGGGCAGAGGGGUCUGUUACAAUGGACAGUGCCCAAUGCUGGAAAGCCAGUGCAGUCAACUGUGGGGACCAAGUGCAGUGGUUGGAGAAGACAAGUGUUUCAAUGUAAAUCAAAGAGGCAACAACUAUGGACACUGUAAGCAGUUGGACGGCCGUUAUGUUGCAUGUGAGCCUACGGAAGUUAAGUGUGGAGUGCUCUACUGCUCUGGAGGCAGUGAAAAUCCUAGCAUUUAUGCUUCCGUUGCCAUGUUUUCAAAUUGUCGGGGGGUUCUUGCAUCCGGUGGAAUGGUCGAAAAUGGAACAAAGUGUGGAGAUGACUUGGUCUGUUAUGAUGGAAAAUGUGUCAGUACUAACAGUGCCUUCCGGUCAGCAAACUGCUCUGAAAAAUGCCCUGGACAUGGGGUUUGUGACCACGAGCUACAAUGUCAGUGCCAAGAAGGUUGGGCACCUCCACACUGUGAUGUCACCUCAGAUAAGAAUAUUGUCAUCAUUGUGGUGAUCGUCAUUAUUGCCGCUCUUCUUGUGGUUGGACUUAUCCUAAUAAUUGUGUUCCGAAAGAGGUGUGCCAAGAGAUCUGUAAACAGAGUAAAUGGCGCAACAAAUCCGGCGUUCCAUCAGCAACAAAUGAAGUCCAGCUCCAACGUGUCAACACAAGAGCUGAGCUCCAAGAAUGUGUACCCUCCACCACCCCCUCCAGCAAAGCCAAAGAAACCGCAAGUGUCACAGCCGGCAAGUCGAGAUGGAUAUCAAGGCCCGCAGUACUCCAUGCCAAUUUCAGUUGAAUUCACAAAAAAAUCCAUGGCACUACAGAGGCCAACUGAUGCUCCACCACCAGUUCCCACCAGUAAGGCUCCUGUGCCUGCGCCUCCAGUGAAGGCACUGAAACCCAUCAUCAGGAGUUAAUAUGGAAGAUGUGAGGAGAGUGUUGGACGUCCUCUUAUUAGAGAACUUUUUGUAUGUAGUUUGUAUAUUUUUAUGUUGUUUUUAAUACAUUGAUUUCUUCAAUGAGUUCCAUAGUCCUGAGUGCACUGAAAAACAAACCAGAAACAUGGAUGAAUGUACUACAGAGACCGCUAAGAGACUUACAAAGAAGGGCACCCCAGAGUGCUCCCAUCCUUCUCCUCAAUGGUUUGUGUGGACCCCCAAAGGGCACCACAGCUUUAACAAAGAAGCAAGGACACCAGGCUCUAGUCAUAUCUUUUUUUUUAAAUGAUAUGAUGGGGCAAAUAUGUGCCCGUCUGCAGAAGCAGAACUAGAAACGCCCCAAAAGGCCCCAAAUGUGUAACAGGGCCUACACCUACUAUGUCCUUUUUAUGAUACUGAUGUCUUUUUGUUUGGCAGAGGGUACUUUGGGUCCUUUAGGCACCAGGGCUCAAGUACUUCUGUGGCACCCUCUAUAUCUACACUCCUGCAUUUGCUGCUGCAUUUACCACUGGUUUCUGACCCUUUUAGGACUGUAAAUACAUUGCUCAGAUUUUUAGAUCAUGGCCGAGAUGAAAUAAUGAAUUCCAAAAUAUAAGUUGAAUGAGAGGUUGCCUUGUGUCUGUGUUUGCUUAUGUAACUUCAGCUCAAUAGUUGACUUGUUUUACAUAAUUAUGGUUGUCCCAUCUUCAGAACUUCUUUCCCUAUGGCCUCUUAGGGCAUUUGUACUCGAUGGAGCCCCUCUAUAUGCCAAAGCAGAGAGCCGCUAACAAGCCUGUCAUAGUACAUCCCCUUGUAGAUGCCGCUGUAUUUGAUUGAUAAAACCAAUGUUGAUGUCAUUCAUUACAUUGUCUUUAAAGGGGAUGUCCACUCUCGGUUAAAAAAAAAAAAUUCACCUUUUGUCCUCUGUCAGACCAGUAUACUGCACAAAUUUAUGGAUUACUAUAGUAGACCAUGCUGUUCCAUAGAAACCUGCACAAUACCAUGGGCAUGUCCCACUGUACGUCUACUCAAUGGUGGAUGUUGCAACCUUCCACCAAAGUUAUAGGAGUAGAACUUUUCCCUACGUCAGACAGAGGCUAAAAAUUUGAUGUGAACAUUGUCUAAGCUGAUCACAAGAUGCUCUACUACUAGGAUCUCCCAAUGAUGAAAUAUGGGGAACCUAGCAGCAAAUCUUCAUUUUCCCUGCAGCACCUCCGUAGGAGAAAUGAAGCAUUACACAGUGACCAUUAAUAUUAUUGGGCUACAUUUGUAAUUCCAGGUCCUCCAGAGGAAGAGGCAGUCUUUAUAGUUGCUGUCCACUCUUUAUUUUGAAUACCAUAGAAAUAAUUGGGA